AUGUUCACAGCGACCCGUUCUCACGCAUAUGCCAAUCCGAUGGGCUUGCAAUUUGGUUCUUACUCGCAAGAGUCAGCACUCCACCAGGACCAACAAACCACCAAUUUUAACGUCGGCCAAUCAUCCUAUCACUCUACAGAGACCCCCGCGAACCCUCUACAGCCAGAUAUAGUAAAACAGAAUCCAGCCAAAAUCCAGCAGCCGGAAGACAGCCAAGAUAUUGUGCCCGCGCUGAUUGCCAUGGAAAAUGACGCCGCUUAUACUGCUGGCGAUAGCUUAAAUGAGACGACGGCAUUUGUUGACCCUUCGUACAACCAUGUUACAGAAGGGGGUGUGGAUGAGGAGGCUUAUAUUGCAGGAGAAGGCGUAGAUGUGGAAGUGUAUAUUUCGGAAUUGGGAAUGGACGAGGAUAGUUAUGUUGCAGAAGACGGACUGGACAAUGUGGUUUAUGGUGCCGAAGAACUAUACGAGGGGCAGCUUAUGUAG